ACACACACACACACACACACGCACGCACACACUCAGCCAGCCUACAUGAGACCACGUCCACAGGCGGCAGGGCGGCGGUGGGGAUCAAUGCGGGGAAUGGACCCCGUGACAGCAGAAGAACCCACGACCAGGGACAUCAUGGAGUAAUGACAUCACUGCAAAACUUUUUUCUUGCACGGAAUACAACAGCAGAGGGGGCGCUUUUGCGCGUCGCUAACUUUUGUGUAGUUGUCAUCCGUCCGUGUUGAAGCCCAUGACCGAUGUCCGUCCUCUCGUCACGGGGAUGUAGCGUCCGCGGGAGGACGCCAGCUUUUCCCACGACCCAUUUUGCUGUCCUUUACACGCCCGUUUAUUUGUUUUAACCACGUGGUCCGGGCCCGGCGUCCUCUGUGCGGUGUCAGUCAGAUCUGGCAGAUCUGUCGUCCGUCCCACCACGUAAGCCUACCACCAUUUCGCCCCCCCCCCACCCUCCUUCUUUUUUUCUAUCAUUGAAAUCCUCGGAGGUUGGGGAGCUGUGGACGGGCGACCGGCCAUGGGAGCCAAGCAGAGCGGUCCUGCGACCAACGGACGCACCAGAGCCUACUCCGGCUCGGAUCUGCCCUCGAACACAAGCAGCGGACACAGCAGGGCGGCCGCCGCCCUUGGAACGCGGUACCACGCGUACAGUGGGACCCCCUCCGCGCACCACGGGACGCACGGGGCGCUCGGGGCGACGUCGAGUGGCGCGAGUCCACAGCACAACGGACCUAGCUCGAGAUCGUCCGGUGGGGGGCGCAGCACGGGGGCUUCGGCGACGAGGACCCAGUCUGGAAUUAACAUCCCGAACAGCCGCGGGGGAGCCCACCGUUCUCACGAGUCUGCGGGCAGCACCCCAGACGAGACGGCGGGGGAGCGUGAGAGGUCAAAUGGAGGUCACGGGGGACCCCGGUUGUUGGUAGGGUCGUUGCCGGCCCAUCUCUCGCCUCACUUAUUCGGAGGUUUCCAGUGUCCUGUGUGCUCCAAGUUUGUCUCCACAGAUGAGAUGGACUUGCACCUUGUCAUGUGUCUCACCAAACCCCGAAUCACUUAUAACGAGGACGUCCUGAACAAGGCUGCAGGGGAGUGUGCGAUAUGCCUGGAUGACCUGACCCAAGGGGAGACCAUAGCCCGUCUGCCUUGCCUCUGUAUCUAUCAUAAAGGUUGCAUCGAUGAGUGGUUCGAAGUAAACAGGUCGUGUCCUGAGCACCCUUCAGAAUAAAAGCGCAUGGCAUUUUUUUUGCACAGGUAGGAAGAUCCCCCACUUCCACUCAUAAUCGGACGGAUCACAAGAGGCGGAUCUCAAGAGGUGGAUCACAAGGGCACGAUCACAAGAGGACGAUCACAGGAGGUGAUCACAACAUGUGUGAACCUUGGGUCUUGCAAGCCCUCAGCCG